AUGUCAUGUUGCCCUGUGGGCGUCCUGUUGAGGCACAAGGAGAAGGCGCUUGAGAAGUACCUAGCCACACCUCUCCGACCUAUGAAUUUGCGUGAAAUGUUAUGCAGCGGCAGACAGCAUAUACGUAUUGGGGUGGAGCAGUUGGCCGCACGCACAGCUCGCAGCUACAUGGCCUUUUCAAGUGAAGUUUUAAGGCGGAGCCUCGACCGUGAAAUUGGUGAGCGGUUGUUACCCUUGGAGUCCAUAUGCAAGAGGGAGUUCGAAUGUUGUCUGGAACUUAGUGAAUUUGCCGAAGUGUAUCUUAAACAGAUGGAGAGUGGUGGGAUUUGUGUGGUGGAUACACCACAACCAAACGAGGUCAGCGAUGAUAGACAUGUGGACCGCAUCAUGAAGGGAGAGGUGGGUUGCUGUGGCUCCCCAGCGACUCAUUUUAUCGAUGUGUUGGAGAAUCUUCGUCCUCAUGAGAACUUGCUGGACAUCGUCGUCAACGAGGGGUGCAUCCGUUCACCAGAUCUAAACCACUGGCUCUCGUGUUUUUGUCGUAGGCGUGUUUCGUGGCGUGUAAUUCAUGAGCACCUCCUUCAUCUUGUCGGACCGAAUCGUUACUCUCCAGUCAUCCGGGAGGACCACAGUGUGGGCGGAAUCUUGCAGCAGACAGGCACUGUCGUUAUGGAACUGUAUACACGUCUUGCUCAAGAAGCCCACGGUGGAUCACUGACGAUCAAGGUGGAGGAGCAGCCUGCGUUGCUCACACAAACUCCGGGUGGCUGGAUGGUAACCUCAAGCAAUGCCGUUGAUCCUGUGGUGCCGUUGAGUAUAGUGCCGUCCGCACCGUCGUCGGGAUUGGUUUACUCAGUUGAGGGGCAUCUGGAGUACAUCUUUAGGGAACUGAUGAAGAAUGCAUGUGUGGCGAUGCUGCCACGCACGAGGGAGGUUGAGCUGCACGUGCGCUUCGCCUCGAACGACACCCACGUUAUGGUUGAUGUGACAGAUACUGCGGGGGGAAUCUCUCUAGAGACACUGGGGAAGCUCUGGCUCUUCGGCUGGUCGACGAACACCNUAUGGUUGAUGUGA